AUGGACGCGGUGCUGCGGCACACCUGGCCCCGGCGGAGCUGGGACGGGGCGGCGGCCGUGGACGAGAGCGCGCUGCCCUCCAUCUCCACCUUCACCAACCUGCUGCCGCUGGAGGAGCGGCCCGCCGACAUGCUGCACAGGAUGCUGCAACAGGACGGCCCCGCCGCUGCCGUCAAGCGAGAGGAGGACGACUUGGGUAAAUUCGUGGAUUUGGACUUCAUCCUGGCGCACACCAGCAGCGGCGGGCAGGGACCGCCCGGCCCCAAUUACCCUUUGCCUGAGACCCCCGAGAGCUGCGGCACCACGUACGACAGCGACGGCUCCUAUCCCACGCCGGGCAAGUUCCCGGCGCCGUACCCCGACGGCCAGAGCCACAGCUACGUGGCCGAGCUUCUCACCCCGGACCUGCCCGCGCACUGCGACCUGCAGCGGAGGGAGUACACGGAGCUGCGGGUGCCCGGCGGCCCCCACCACCCGCACCACCACCACUCGGCCCUGCACCCGGCCCUGUCCCGCCCGCUGCCCCUGGACCCGUCGCAGCCUUUCGGGCAUCGCAUCAAGAAGGAGCAGCCGGAGGAGCGCGCCUGCAUGCUGGGGGUGCCUGGCGGCGAGUACCUGGGACCGGGAGGUGGUGAACACAAGCCCCCCCGCAUGGCGUUUCUUCCUGCUUAA